UCACGCAUCCUAGGAGUUUCAGAGAAACCACCCUAGGAGAGAGUUUCAGAGACGUCAUCCUAAGAAGGUUAGGGGCUUUACAACCUCAAGGGGAAAGAGGGCAUCUUGUGGAGUAUCCUCAAGAGGCUUUUCAUUUGCAAAGUGUGCCAGGAUGUGCUAUCUAUCUCAACAAGAUAGAGACCCGCCUCCAGGAUCCGUGUACUACUAACUAG